CUUUCCUCCGCGAAGGCUCCUUUGAUAUUAAUAGUGUUGGUGUCUUGAAACUGACGUAAUGCGCGGAGACUGAGGUCCUGACAAGCGAUAACAUUUCUGAUAAAGACCCGAUCGCACUGCAAUCUCGAGCGUCCUCUGUUUUGGUGCUGCCCCUUUCCCUCCGGACCUCGCGUCCUCCCGAUCGCCCUCUCGCCUUCCUAUUUUCUUUUUCUUUUUCGUUCUUUCUUCUUCUUCUUCUUCUUUUUUUUUUUAAACAAAAAACAACACCCCCUCCCCUCUCCCACCCGGCACCGGGCACAUCCUCGCUCUAUUUCCUUUCUCUUUCUUCUCUCUCUUUUUUUUUUAUAAAGGGAGGGGGAGGGGAGGGAAAGGGGGGGAGGCAGGAAAGACCUUUUUCUCCCCCCCUCCCCAAAUAAUCAAAAAUCAACUCUGCAAACAACAGAAGACGGUUCAUGGCUCUGGCCGCCGCGCCACCAUCUUUCGGGCUGCCGAGGGUGUUCUUGACGAUUAAUCAACAGGCCUCAGAAUUGAUACUUUUGAAAGUUUUUGAGUUAAGAGCCAUGGAUCUUAAUGAUGAAUCACAGUUAUGAUAGAAUAUCCAACCUUAUCGUAUUUUGGAAAAUCACGGCUAGAGUUUGAAGCAAGAUAUGGUCCGGAAAAAGAACCCCCCUCUGAGAAACGUCACUAGCGAAGGCGAGGGCCAGAGCCUCGAGCCUUUAGGUACAGAGAGCAAAGUGUCUGGGAAGAGCAAAGAAUUUUCUGCAGGUCAGAUGUCAGAAACCACGGAUCAGAGUGAUGCUGCAGAGCUGAACAACCAGGAGGAGCCUGGCUUGCAUGUGCAAGAUGCGUCUUCUAGCAGCAAGAAGGACUUGAAGAGUGAGAAGGCUGGCUUCAAUUAUGACAGCCCCAGUAAGGGAGGGAGUCUUCCCUCCUUCCCACACGAUGAGGUGACAGACAGAAAUAUGUUGGCUUUCUCAUCUCCGGCUGCUGGGGGAGUCUGUGAGCCCUUGAAGUCUCCUCAAAGAGCAGAGGCAGAUGACCCUGCAGACAUGGCCUGCACCCCAUCCGGGGAUUCAUUGGAGACAAAGGAUGAUCACAAGAUGUCACCAAAGGCUACCGAGGAAACAGGGCAAGUGCAGAGUGGUCAAGCCAAUUGCCAAGGUGUAAGCCCAGUUCCAGUGGCCUCAAAAAACCCACAAGUGCCUUCAGAUGGGGGUGUAAGACUAAAUAAAUCCAAAACUGAGUUCCUGGUGAAUGAUAACCCAGAUCCGGCACCUCUGUCUCCAGAGCUUCAGGACUUUAAAUGCAAUAUCUGUGGCUAUGGUUACUAUGGCAACGACCCCACAGAUCUGAUUAAGCACUUCCGAAAGUAUCACUUAGGACUGCAUAACCGCACCAGGCAGGAUGCUGAGCUGGACAGCAAAAUCUUGGCCCUUCAUAACAUGGUGCAGUUCAGCCAUUCCAAAGACUUCCAGAAGGUCAACCGUUCUGUGCUUUCCGGUGUGCUGCAGGACAUCAACUCUUCAAGGCCUGUUUUACUCAAUGGGACCUAUGACGUGCAGGUCACUUCAGGUGGAACAUUCAUUGGCAUUGGACGGAAAACACCAGAUUGCCAAGGAAACACCAAGUAUUUCCGCUGCAAAUUCUGCAAUUUCACUUAUAUGGGCAACUCAUCAACUGAACUAGAACAACAUUUUCUUCAGACUCACCCAAAUAAAAUCAAAGCUUCUCUCCCCUCCUCUGAGGGUGCGAAACCUUCAGAGAAAAAUUCUAACAAAUCCAUCCCUGCCCUCCGCUCCAGUGAUUCUGCAGACUCGGGGAAGUGGCAGGACAAGACCACGGUCAAGGCGGGAGACGACACUCCAGUUGGCUACUCAGUGCCCAUCAAACCCCUCGAUUCCUCGAGACAAAAUGGUACAGAGGCCACCAGUUACUACUGGUGUAAAUUUUGUAGUUUCAGCUGCGAGUCAUCUAGCUCACUGAAGCUGCUAGAACAUUACAGCAAGCAGCAUGGAGCAGUCCAGUCAGGAGGCCUUAAUCCAGAGUUGAACGAUAAGCUUCCCAGGGGCUCGGUCAUCAAUCAGAAUGACCUAGCCAAGAGUGCAGAAGGGGAGCCCCUGACCAAGGCAGACAAGGGCUCGAGUGGGGCGAAAAAGAAGGACUUCUCCGCUAAGGGAGCAGAGGAUACUAUGGUUACAAGCUAUAACUGUCAGUUCUGUGACUUUAGAUAUUCCAAAAGCCACGGUCCCGAUGUAAUCGUCGUGGGGCCUCUUCUCCGCCAUUAUCAACAGCUCCAUAACAUUCACAAGUGUACCAUUAAGCACUGUCCAUUCUGUCCCCGAGGCCUCUGCAGCCCAGAAAAGCACCUUGGAGAGAUUACUUACCCGUUUGCUUGUCGAAAAAGUAAUUGUUCCCACUGUGCGCUCCUGCUGCUGCACCUGUCUCCUGGGGCGGCGGGAAGCUCGCGGGUCAAGCACCAGUGCCACCAGUGUUCCUUCUCCACCCCUGAUGUCGACGUGCUCCUCUUUCACUAUGAGACCGUGCACGAGGCCCAAGCUGCGGAUGUGAAACAAGAGGCCAGUCACCUGCCAGGGUCAGAGGGGCAGCAGGCCGGCAAGGAAAGCAAGGAGCACUCGUGUACCAAAUGUGAUUUUAUAACCCAGGUGGAAGAAGAGAUUUCCCGACACUACAGGAGAGCACACAGCUGCUACAAAUGCCGCCAGUGCAGCUUCACAGCUGCUGACACUCAGUCACUACUGGAGCACUUCAACACUGUUCACUGCCAGGAGCAAGACAUCACUACAGCCAACGGCGAAGAGGAGGGGCACGCCGUCUCCACCAUCAAGGAGGAGCCCAAGAUUGACCUCAAGGUCUAUAGUCUGCUAAACCCAGACUCUAAAAUGGGGGAGCCCGUUCCCGAGAGCAUAGUGAAGAGGGAGAAAUUAGACGAGAAGGACGGGCUCAAAGAGAAAGUUUGGACUGAGAGUUCAGGGGAUGACCUCCGCAGUGUGACUUGGAGAGGGGCGGACAUCCUGCGAGGCAGUCCGUCCUACACUCAAGCAAGCCUGGGGCUUCUCACGCCCGUGUCCGGCACCCAAGAGCAGACAAAGACUCUGAGGGAUAGCCCCAAUGUAGAAGCGGCCCAUCUGGCGAGACCUAUUUAUGGUUUGGCUGUGGAGACCAAGGGAUUCCUGCAGGGGGUGCCAGCUGGCGGAGAGAAGUCCGGGGCCCUCACUCAGCAGUAUCCUGCAUCCGGAGAGAGCAAGGCCAAGGAUGAAUCCCAGUCCCUGUUACGGAGGCGUAGAGGCUCUGGUGUUUUUUGUGCCAAUUGCCUGACCACAAAGACCUCUCUCUGGCGAAAGAAUGCAAAUGGCGGAUAUGUAUGCAACGCGUGUGGCCUCUACCAGAAGCUCCACUCGACUCCCAGGCCUCUAAACAUCAUUAAGCAAAACAACGGUGAGCAGAUCAUUAGGAGAAGAACAAGAAAGCGCCUUAACCCAGAGGCACUUCAGGCUGAGCAGCUCAACAAACAGCAGAGGGGUAGCAAUGAGGAGCAGGUCAAUGGGAGCCCGUUAGAGAGGAGGGCAGAAGACCACGUAACUGAAAGUCACCAGAGAGAAAUUCCACUCCCAAGCCUAAGUAAAUAUGAAGCCCAGGGUUCAUUGACUAAAAGCCAUUCUGCUCAGCAGCCCGUCUUGGUCAGCCAAACUCUGGAUAUUCACAAAAGGAUGCAACCUUUGCACAUUCAGAUCAAAAGUCCUCAGGAAAGUACUGGAGAUCCAGGAAUCAGUUCGUCUGUGUCUGAAGGGAAAGGAAGUUCUGAGAGAGGCAGUCCCAUAGAGAAGUACAUGAGACCUGCAAAGCACCCAAAUUACUCACCACCAGGCAGCCCUAUUGAAAAGUACCAGUACCCACUUUUUGGACUCCCCUUUGUACAUAAUGACUUCCAGAGUGAAGCUGAUUGGCUGCGGUUCUGGAGUAAAUAUAAGCUCUCCGUUCCUGGGAAUCCGCACUACUUGAGUCAUGUGCCUGGCCUACCAAAUCCUUGCCAAAACUAUGUGCCUUAUCCCACCUUCAAUCUGCCUCCUCAUUUUUCAGCUGUUGGAUCAGACAAUGACAUUCCUCUAGAUUUGGCAAUCAAGCAUUCCAGACCUGGGCCAACUGCAAACGGUGCCUCCAAGGAGAAAACGAAGGUACCAGCAAAUGGAAAAAAUGAAGGUCCCUUGAAUGUAGUAAAAACAGAAAAAGUUGAUAGAAGUACUCAAGAUGAACUUUCAACCAAGUGUGUGCACUGUGGCAUUGUCUUUCUGGAUGAAGUGAUGUAUGCUUUGCAUAUGAGUUGCCAUGGUGACAGUGGACCUUUCCAGUGCAGCAUAUGCCAGCAUCUUUGCACGGACAAAUAUGACUUCACAACACAUAUCCAGAGGGGCCUGCAUAGGAACAAUGCACAAGCAGAGAAAAGUGGAAAACCUAAAGAGUAAAACGUUAGCACUUAGCACAAUUACAUAGAAAUAGGUUUUCUUGAUGGGAAUUCAAUAGCUUGUAAUGUCUUAUGAAGACUUAUUAAAAAAAAAUACUUCAUAGAGUCUGCCUUAUCCAACAUGAAAUUCCCUUCUUUUGUUAUUCUUCCUUUCAAUGAGUAGGUUACCGAGACUAAAACGUGAGACAAACGGUCAGUGAGAAAGAAUGAAGAUGGUGAACAAUCAGUUUUUAAAACCUAGUAAGCCAAAGCCAUCUUGGCUGAUGUGUACUGGGGAGAUGAUCCAUGAGAGGUGUAACUCCAGGUGACCGCUGUUCGUCAAGAAAGGUAACUCCUGUCUAGAAUUAGAAAGGAGUUGCAUCUGCUGAGAGUCAAAGCUGUAUUGAUUCAACAAACCGUAACCCUAGGCAGAUGAAAAGCAAUCAGAUCUCCAAGGCAACAGAAGGGAAAGUGACAUCCUCUCAUAUCAGUCUCCUCUCAUUGACCAUGUCUCAGGUUUUGACCUAGAAACAUGAGCCAUGGUUAGGCUUGGUGAGAGAGCAGCAGGAACCAUGACAGAUGGCAGCACGAUGUUUUUGGCCAUCCCAGCCUGUACAUACACAUGCACACCCUCUUUGAUAUUUUUUUUUUUUGUCCUUUAGAUGUUCAAAUACUCAGUAGACCUUUUGUUGGCAGUAUAGGUUCAUUUUGUCCAAAUACGUAUCCAUUUAAAAACACGAUGUCCUCGAUGCUUUUGUAGUAAUUUUACUUCAGCAAGAUAUUUCUUUCUUGUAUGGUGUGAACCAGUUUGGAUUUGUUUUUUAAACCUCCUGUUGGUCACUAAUCUCACUUGGCACAUGAUAACUAAAAGAAUCCCCUCAGUUCAAAAGAAUAGGAUAUAAAAGACCGUGGGUUUAAUUUGUUUGGAACACAUGGCUUUUCUCCACAAGGUAACCUGCUGUAUUUAUUUAUUUUCUUUUGGUUAAAUAUAAUUUCCAAACUUUGUGGUCAGGCAGCGUCUAAGGUUACGUUACCACAGACUGACAGUUGGUUUAUGUACCAAUCAAUCCCUUCAUUGGAUUUAUACAGGUUUAGUUAAGUAGCAUUAAAUAGGAUUCUUAGAAGUAUGUCUUCAUAGUACUUUUAAUACUUAAGGCUUUGUAAAAACUGUCUAUGAAGGGAAGCUCCUCAGCAUGACUGCUCAGGGAAAUAGGGCUAAAUAACUGAACAUUAAAUAAUUGGUUAAAGGUGCUGUUAGUCGAGCCUCAAUGCUUGCUACACGGAUGUAUGUACAAGGACUGACUUUAAUAAUUUGCAUUAUAUUGUCCCAACCAGUAGUUUAUUUUUUUGCCACGGAGAUGUAGAAGAUAUUACAAGCUACUGGAUGCACUGUCAGAUUAACUUAUUUCAUUAAAGAAGUUGGGAGAACAAAUAGGAAAAAAAAACUUAUUUUUCUAGUAAAUAUUAAUGUAUUACAUUUCAAAUAAUGGUGCCUGACAUAUUGAAUAAUUAUUUUCUACAGUGUACGUAUGCAACAAAGAUAUUCCAUCAUGCAUUAGAGUCAGUUCUGGCUCUGCCUAGCUGUUUACAUUUGCAAAUGUAGCAAACAAGGUAAUGAAGCAACUAUUUCUAUGGCAGUAGAUAUCUUUUGUGUGUAUGUGUGUGUGUGUAUGUGUGUGUGUGCGCGCAUUAAAGAUGUACACGGUAACAUGAAACAAAUGAAAGUUCUUGAUAUCAUGGUAUGGUAAACAAGAAGGAAAUGAAAAUAUUUUUAUGCCUAUUUAGGGGGAAAAAAAGGGUAGCACUAUUCAUUCCAAGUACUUUUUUUUUUAAUUUUUAAGCUCUUAACUCACAUUGUUAUGCUUAAGAUGAUAAACAUAUAUCCUCUUUUUAUUGCUUUGUCUAUGUUUCAGAUGAAACAUUUCAGAAAUUAUUUUGAGAAGUGCUGCUGGAAUCUGCAGCGCUGAUGUUUUAUUGCAUUCUGUAGUUGCAUUUGCACUCCAUUUUUACAUUAACUUGCAGUUGCUUUGUAUUGUUUUGUUUUGUUUGGGUUUUGUUUCUAUUUCACAGUGCCGGGUGUUCAUUUCUCAAAGUUGGUUGGCAGGUAGAGUUCAACUGGUUCAUGACUGUUGUAGUGAAUGAAGUUCCAAAUGUCUUUCUGAUGUUGUGUUGUCAUUUCCAUUCUUACAGUUUUGUUUUCAUGUAAAGAGAGAGAAAGAGAGAGAAAUGAGGACUCAGUCCUCUGCUUCUGUUUCACAGUUAAAGGGCCCUAUCUGAUUGCACCUGUUGCGUAGCUAUGCUAUUCAUAAAAACUGAAAUAAAGAGGUGGAAUGAGGAGCUUUGACAUUCAAUGGCUUACCACAAUUUAUAUUUCUUAGGAGUUUUGAUGGACACAUCCCACCCUGUACGGGCAGACUUCAGAAACGAGAAAGACCUAAGCAUAGAUUCCCCCAACAACAAUGUUUACUUUUCUUAAUAAAAACAAUAAUAAAAUGCACUGUGGCAAUCAUCAAGCAACAUUAUAGGUAGACCGCUCAAUUGAAAAAAUACCAGAAGUUUGGUAAUGGGCAAUAUUCAAGGUAUUACUUUUUGGGCAAAUCUGCCCAAUGAUUUCUCCAGUGUGUGUGUUUCAGACACAUAUAGGAUGUUCAUAUUUGACAUGUAUGCCUUCUUUUUAAUUCAGUUGUUUUCUCAGACGUAGUGGCAAUGAUUAGCAUUGGAAAAUCCAUAUCUCUGUUGGAAUAUUUAUGGUUCAGUCUACUUUUGGUAGAAUAUUCUUGAAUAGAGUUGACGUGAUAGAUUUUUAUGCCAUACUCCUUUAUUGAUUAUUUUAUUUCAUUUUUGCUUUCAUUAUUAUACAUAUUUUGGUGGAGAAGAGGCUGGGCUUUUGAAAAAUUAAAGAUUAUCAUAACACUAAAAUACUUCUUUAUUUUUUUCACUUAAUGAAAGCCUUUAUCCCAUCUUUCAAAAUACCAUUUUCGUUUUUUUUUUUUUUCAAGAUUUCUGAUAAUUUUGUCUUAAGUUGUGAUUCUAAAAGAGCUAUUUAGGUAGUUAAUCUUUGGUUAGAGAACUCUCAAGAUGAUUUAGGAAUUUUUCCUUUUGGAAAAGGCUUCCCCUCUGAUGAAAACUGUUAUGUCAGCUGAAACUGUACACCAUUUAAAGACUGUAGAUGUUUGAAAAAUGGCUUGUCUCAUUUCUAAACUGAGCUUUGGGUCAAACUUGAGGCCAGCAUUCUCUCUUACUUUUCUCACUCUUUCUGUCAUUAAUACUCACCCCUAGGUCCAUACUGUUGUUUGGGAUAGAAAAUCAUAAACAGCCAGCCCACCUCAGAAGUUUGUGGAUUGAUUGAGACACUCUGUCACUAGACAGGAGCAGAAUGGAGCUCUCAGUGCUAACCCAUUCACGUGGUAGUUCAGAAAGCAAAGAGUAUGCCCAGUUCUCUCUACAUGACAUAUUGAGAUGUCCUUUAAAAAUAUUUUUUCAAAAUCCAAUUUUAAGAUAGUGAUGUUCGGUUCUAAACUGUCCUCUUUUAGUAAAGGUAGAAUUUAGAAAACAAGCAUGGGGAUUCUUAUCUAAGGUAAUAUAAAUGAGAAGAAGAAAUAAUGAUUAUCCCUUACAGCUCUUUGUUGAAGCCUGUGGCAGCACAUUAUGUUUAUGAUUGCACAUGUGCACAUAUUCUAUUAUGAUCCAAUGCAAAUACAGCUCCAAAAAUAGUAAAUGUAUAUAUAUAUAUAUUUUAAAAUGCCUGAGGAAAUACAUUUUUUCUUAAUAAAUUGAAGAGUAUCAAUACUGUUAUUGAAAUAUUAGCCUUCUGCUGUGUGGCUGCAAAACAUCACCAAAGUGACCUGUCUUGAGACAUGUAAACUGCCUGCCCAUUUAGUCCAUGAAUAUGAGCAUGCACCUGGAGGGUAUGUUAUGCAGUUACGGAAAUGUGGAGUGAAGAAGCUGGUGGCCUGCUUCUAUGCCCUGCCAGCCAUUUACCUAAAGCUUAGAUGGGUUCACAGCGACCUGUUUAGUGAGUCACUGAAGGCCAUUGCAAAACUCACCUUUGGUAAGCAAGUAGGUGACAGCUUGCUGACUCUCUUAAACACAGGAGAAAACAGGAGGAAUGGACAUGCAGCCUGAAUAUGAAAUGAAAUAUGCUAACCAAAGGUAGGUACUUUUAGUGGAAUUCUAUCAGCAGGAGAUUGAAUGUAAAUGAGAAAAGACUUGGAUCAGGGCAUUGAGAGGCAGUGUUACUUUUCCAAAGAUGUGUUAGGUAUCUUUGCAGAACACUUCCACUUGGCUUUCAUUACUGGUUCUUGGACAGCUGACUCACAUGUUCCUGUUAGUGGUGCAUGUUCAGUAGUUCAAACUUCUGGAAGAUGCUGAGACAGAAAUAGACCAGAUCAAGGAUGAAUAAAGCAGGAAAUUCAGCAGUAAUUCAGAUAUGGAAACUGGAUAAUGUAUGUUCAUGUAUUGGACUAUUGAAAGGAAGGGUGGAGUGAUUGGCUUCCUGCACCAGAGAGAAGCAAAAAUAACUUAACCAUGGAAAAAAUGUUUAGGCCACAUCAGAAGAUGGUUCUUCAAGACCCAUAAGUCCCAAAACUGGAUCCUGUUUUCACCCUUGGUUGUUCUUUGUUUUUGUUCUUUGUUUUUUCCAAUAUAUGUAAUGCAGCAAAUUACUUUUUGUUUUUGUGCCUCAGGUUCCUCAGCUGUAAAAUGGAAAAUAUAUUAAUAAUAAUAAUAUUAAUAAUAAUAAUAAUGGUAAUGUAGUACUUGUUUGUAAAGCACUUUGAGAUCCUUGGUUGAAAGGCACCAUAGCAGUGCCAAGUAUUAUUUUGUGGCCAAGGGGGUUAUUUAAACUCUCAGUUUGCAAGGGCCAGGAGAAGUUGGGGUCAUUUUUGUUAAAGAUGAGCUGUAAAUAUCCUAAGUACCCAGCCUGUAGUGUUGACGAUGAAGAGGCAAAACUAUUUCAAGGCUGAUAAAGCUAUAGUCUCUUAAUGGCUACCAACAAGGCAAGCAUCACAGUAACAAAUGCCAAAUUCCUUGGGGUGGACUAUUUGACAACAACAUGGAAACAUUAGGGGGAGAACUGGGAGCGGGAGACAUCUCAAAAAUGCCAAUGUCAAAUUAACUGUCAGCAAUAUUCACCAGCAGAAAAUGUCUCUCAUAUGGAAUGAUUUCAUGUUGCUAGAAAAAAAAAAAAAGAAUUCAAUUUGUAGUCCUGAUUUGAAUAUUAGAAUGUUGGCUAUAAUAGUUCUGUUCUUACAACACAUGGAUUUUUUGUUUCAUUUUAUUUUAUUUUGUUUUCAUAGUGCAUGUUCAUUUCUACUCACAAAACAUGUUCUUGGUGUAUUUCUUAUGCAAACAGUCUUCAGGCAGCAGAGAUGUCUGUUACAUCUAAACUUGAAUAAUAAAGUUUUACCACCAGUUAUACA